GAGGGGACGAGGGAAGAGGGGGCGGGAAAUCAACAACGGAUGGAGAAAGGCGUUCUAACUCCAACCAAUCGACGACGAGAAUUGCCAUUCUCUGGUCCUAUUAGCGGGCGUCGAGGCAAGCUCUUCCGGGUCGGGGUUGGGGAAGGGUCUGUGGCAGCGGACAGUGAAGGGCAGCGGCUGCGGCGUAUACAUCUGUGGGCUGAGUAAAUUGUGGACGAUCCCGGACCUCUAACUUCUUUUUCCGGGCACUUCACACGGAUUUCAAUUAUGGCAGGUCCAGAAGCUGACGGUCAGUAUCAGUUCACUGGUUUUAAGAAAUACUUCAAUUCAUACACCCUUACUGGCAGAAGGAAUUAUGUACUGGCCACUUAUGGAGGAAUCGCUUUGCUCAUACUUUACUUCAAGACAAGAUCUAAAAAAACUCCAGCUGUAAAAGAAACAUAAAUGGAGUCCCAAUGUGUGUGUGUGUGUGUAUGUGUAUACUUUGUCCAACAUCAAGUUCCCUGGCUGAAGGAAGAUCUGCUGUCAAUUUAGCAUGUGAUCUACAUAGUUCUUGAAAUAAAACAUGAACUCAGAAAA